GAACUUGUUCUCCGAGUUCUAGAUGUGUACUGGUAAUAUACAACAACACAUCUUAAAGUCUACCCCUUUUUCUGUAGCUUAGUAAUGUAUAAAUUAACAUAUUGUUGACUAGAUGUAAUAUUUUCAAGAUGUAGUAAAAGUUUGAAGUUACUUUAUGAAGCUGUUUCUCUCUUUCAUUCAUAUGAUUCCUGAGUUGUGGGGAAUGUGUCUGUAUCUGAAUUAUGGUGUUCUCAGUUUUGUUAUGUGGUUUGAAAUUGAAUGUAGGAGAUAUGAUUUAUAAAUUCAGGAAGGGUGUUAUAGGUGUAACUACAUUGACAAAAUGGAACCUACUUGGCCAAAUUGCAUGUAUGUUUGGUUAGAUUUGGAUGAUAUGAAGUAGAUGUUAAUAAAGAUCCACCCAACAAAAAUAAUUAAACAAUCAAUUUCGUCCUGUCACCCAUUAACGUAUUGACGGUGCCGGUGUCCAACGAAUGUAGUAGAUAAUUCUCCAGGAUUAACACGUGCCUAUUCCCCAUUUUGUAAUUACAGUGUUCUUCAAGCCUUUUUAUUUUUAAACCCGGCCUGUUUUGCAUGACAGCAUGAGCGAUCGAGUAUCUUCUUUUAACCAAAUAUUUUCACUAACAAUUUAUUUAUUUUUCUUUUUAAAUCCAUCAUUAACUUCCUAAAAUGUUGUUACGUGUCAUCCUUUGGAACUUUGACUCUCCUUUCUCUGACCCACCCGUUCAAAACAAAACACAAGAAUUUUCAUUUCAAUUUCUCUGUAACUGAGAGAUCGCUGCUAUGCUUGAGAAGCAACAGCUUAUAUCGAAAUUUGACAACAUUUGAGGGCAAAUGACCGGGGCAGGACACGCGGUGGAACACGUCGGAUUACCCAAGAUGGAGUCGUCGACCACCUCGACGUCGACCCGGUCCGUUUGUUGUAACCCGGUCAAGGAAUCGGGUCCGGUUACCAUGGAUCAUGUACUAUUAGCAUUGCGGGAAAGCAAAGAAGAGAGAGAUAUGCGGAUUCGGAGCUUGUUUAAUUUCUUUGAUGCGGCGGAUAUCGGGUAUUUGGAUUACGCACAGAUCGAGAACGGUUUGUCGGCGCUUCAGAUUCCGGCGGAGUAUAAGUACGCCAAAGAUUUGUUGAAAGUGUGCGAUGCGAAUAGAGAUGGGCGCGUGGACUAUCACGAGUUCAAGAGGUAUAUGGACGAUAAAGAGCUGGAGCUUUAUAGGAUUUUUCAAGCCAUCGAUGUCGAACACAAUGGUUGCAUUUUGCCUGAGGAGCUUUGGGAUGCUCUUGUUAAGGCUGGGAUUGAAAUUAAUGAUGAGGAACUUGCUCGUUUUGUUGAGCAUGUGGAUAAGGAUAAUAAUGGAAUCAUAACCUUUGAAGAAUGGCGAGAUUUCCUUCUACUCUACCCUCAUGAAGUUACUAUUGAGAACAUAUAUCAUCACUGGGAAAGGGUAUGCCUUGUAGAUAUUGGAGAACAGGCUGUUAUUCCAGAAGGUAUCAGUAAACAUGUCCAGAGAAGCAAAUUUUUCAUAGCAGGAGGAAUUGCUGGAGCUGCUUCUCGUACUGCUACUGCUCCUCUUGAUCGCUUGAAAGUGGUUCUGCAAGUCCAGACAGGAAAUUCUCGUAUUGUGCCUACUAUUAGAAAGAUAUGGAAGGAUGAGGGUUUGUUGGGGUUUUUUCGAGGUAACGGGUUAAAUGUCCUGAAGGUUGCACCUGAAAGUGCCAUAAAAUUUUAUGCAUAUGAAAUCUUAAAAAAUGUAGUUGGAGAUAUUAUGGGGGAAGACAAGGAUAAUAUAGGCCCUUCUGGUAGACUUUUGGCCGGUGGUAUGGCAGGUGCAGUGGCACAAGCUGCUAUCUAUCCAUUGGAUCUUGUAAAAACUCGGUUACAGACUUGUGCUCUUGAAAGUGGAAAGGCCCCCAAGUUGGGGACCCUAACAAAGGAUAUAUGGGUUCAUGAGGGUCCUCGGGCCUUCUAUAAAGGUCUUGUGCCUUCUCUUCUUGGGAUUAUCCCCUAUGCUGGCAUUGACCUUGCGGUCUAUGAAACUUUGAAAGAUUUGUCGAAGAGUUACUUUGUUCGUGAGAGUGAACCUGGACCUCUUGUGCAGCUGGGUUGUGGGACAAUUUCAGGAGCUCUGGGAGCAACAUGUGUUUAUCCAUUGCAGGUUAUUAGAACCAGAAUGCAAGCUCAACGUUCUAAUUCCGCUGCUGCUUUUAAGGGAAUGUCUGAUGUAUUUUGGAGAACCCUUCAUAAAGAAGGUUAUAGAGGUUUCUACAAAGGAAUUUUUCCAAAUCUUCUCAAGGUUGUGCCUGCUGCAAGCAUUACAUACUUGGUUUAUGAAGCUAUGAAAAAGAGUCUAGAUCUCGGCUAGGCAGUGUUCUGGUAUUUGCCGGAUCACUAGGCUGAUUUCUAAGUCGGAGUCAGUGGUAAAUUUUAUGAGUAAAAUAAGCGGAAGUAAACAAGUAGGUGAUUUGGUUAUUAAAGCAACUAUGACAGACUAUAGUUCCCCUUUAUUGUAUGGGGCACAUGAUUUUUGUAGUCAAGAAGUUCUACUCCAGGCUUACUAAAAACUAACUGUUCAGAAAAAAAAA